GCAGCAGAAGUUUCCUAGUGAGCUUACCGCGUCCAGUGCCUGAAACUGUCGUCUGUGCUGUGCUCCGACUCCGAGAGAAGCUUCGGGUGAUCGGUCGGUCGCCGCCGGAAUGGGAGCCAGCCUGUCUUGCUUCGGCGGGUCAGGAGGCGGGUACUACGCCGACGAGCCGGGGUACGAGCAGCCGCGGCGGUCGUCCAGGAAGGUGCGGCCGAGUGACGAGGAUGGCCUGUGGUACGUUGGCGAGCGCGACGUCGACAUGAAGGCGUCGGCGUUCAUCGCCAGGUUCCAUGCCACCGCCUCCAGCAGCUAGGUCCGUGGAGCUAGCCCUGCAGGUGUCCAUGUGCAUGCACGCCGCGCCGAUCGUAUCACCAUGUGAAAUCUUUGGUCUUUCUGUGGGUCUCUCAAUCAACCCAUCCAUGUCAAUAGGUCGAUCUAUUCUCAAAUAUCGUCUGUAACUUAUGUAAGGAUGUGUACAUCUGAUCGUCCUAAAUAAGAGCAAUACUGGACGAGCUUUUCGUUGUGUAUAUAUAUGUGGACAAGAAGUUGUUUUCAAAACGAAAUGUU